UAUAACCCACCUGCUCCUCUGCUACCACAUGACUGCUGAUGUCAGCCAAGCCAGAGUCAAGGCUGGGAACCUGUAGACAAAAUGGUGUUUGUGCGUCUGUCCGGCAGAGUGAGCAUGUGUGGGAGCAAUGUAGUGGGGAAGAGGAAGAAAGGAGAAAAAGAACCAGUUAAACAGAUGGCAGUAAAUCAACACAAUCUUUCCUCUUAUAGCCCUGGUGUGUGUAUUUUUUUUUUUUUACAGCAUAUGUAUUUAUGAAGUUCAGCAGCCAUAUGAGAAAUUAGCCUCUGUAUUCACCGGGGCCCUCCCACCCCUCUGUCUUGUUCUCUAAUCCGCCCACAUGUAUCGUCUGAGGAAAAAAUAGUGCAGAAGGUGACGCUCCUCCAAAGGAACAGAGAGAGGCACAGAGAGGGAAAGGCAAUAAGAGAGAGUGUCUACAGGCUGCAUCUCCAUUGAAAUAUUUGGAAGAGGGAGGCAGAGGAAGACCUGAAUGGUAGCUACACCCUGCGCCUGGAAGCGUAGAGACACUGUAACAAAGGCUGGCAAUUAUUUUUGGCAAUAACAAAGAGGUGGGAGAGGGGCUCUGAAAUCGAGGGAAAUAGCAAAAAAGGGGGACUUCUGCUUCAUUUCAUCCGAAAGCCUCAUCCCUUGCCAUCAUCAGCAUGACCAUAAGCUAUAAGUAACAUUCGGCAAUAACGGUGUCAAAACGAGAUUUUCAGCAACAGACGCGCGCAAUCAUAUUCUGCUUUAUAAUAAUCGGGGGGAGAAAAAAAGAACAACUGAAUGCCUGCGAGAAACUGGAUACUCUCUGAAAUCAUAAGAAAGAGCGAUCUAACAAAGAAAACUACAUUUUGAUUGAUCUUUUAAGCUUGAUGUGCGUGUUUCUGCACGUACUCGAAACGAACCUGAACCAAAAGCAAACUCCUCAGACUCCUCCCUCCUCCUCCCUUCGGUUUCUCGCAUCCUCUCCCUCCCCCCGGUCCUCUAUGCUCAGUUCGGUGUGUGUAUCCUCUUUCAAAGGGCGCAAGGGUGGGAACAAGUCGUCCAACAAAGCAUGUUACAGUGCAGACAUGACUUGUCCGUCGGAAAGCGAGAAAAUCGUGAUAAACUGCGGGGGGGUGCGGCAUGAAACCUACCGGAGCACCCUAAAAACGUUGCCCGGGACCCGCUUAUCGUGGCUCACCGAGCCGGACGCGUUCAGCAACUUCGACUACGACCCCAAAUUAGACGAGUUCUUCUUCGACCGCCACCCGUCAGUGUUUUCCUUCAUCCUCAACUAUUACCGUACCGGGAAGUUGCACUGUCCCAACGAUGUGUGCGGCCCCCUGUUCGAAGAGGAGCUGGCCUUCUGGGGCAUCGAUGAGACGGACGUGGAGGCGUGUUGCUGGAUGAAUUACCGGCAGCACCGGGAUGCGGAGGAGGCGCUGGACAGCUUUGAGACUCCAGAACCGGACGCGCCGGACGACGAUCCGGCGCUGGGCGGAGCGGAUGGGGACUUGAAAAGACUGUGCAUGCAGGAGGACGCGAGGAAAGCGGGAUGGUGGAAAACCUGGCAGCCCAGAAUAUGGGCGCUGUUUGAAGACCCGUAUUCCUCCAAAUAUGCCCGGUAUGUGGCAUUUGGCUCCCUAUUCUUCAUCCUCAUCUCCAUCUCCACUUUCUGCAUGGAGACGCAUGAGGCCUUCAACACCAUCCUCAACAAGACAGAGAACGUCACAGUGGGCAACAUGACCCAUGAGGAGAUUGUAUACGAGGUGGUUACUGACAGCUGGUUGACAUACGUGGAGGGUGUGUGUGUCAUUUGGUUCACCAUCGAGGUCCUGCUUCGAGUCACCUUCUGCCCAGACAAGCUUGAAUUCUUCAAAAGCUCCCUCAACAUCAUCGACUUUGUCGCCAUCCUGCCCUUCUAUCUGGAGGUAGGCCUGAGUGGUCUGUCCUCCAAAGCUGCCAAGGAUGUCCUGGGGUUCCUCCGUGUUGUCCGAUUUGUCCGUAUCCUCCGAAUCUUCAAGCUGACCCGUCACUUUGUGGGUCUCCGUGUCCUUGGCCAUACCCUUCGUGCCAGCACCAAUGAAUUCCUCCUGCUUAUCAUCUUCUUAGCCCUUGGUGUCCUCAUCUUCGCCACUAUGAUCUACUAUGCUGAACGAAUUGGCGCCGACCCAGAUGACCCAACAGCCAGCGCCCACACCAACUUCAAGAACAUUCCCAUUGGAUUUUGGUGGGCUGUUGUGACCAUGACCACGUUGGGCUAUGGAGAUAUGUACCCGGAAACGUGGUCAGGCAUGCUGGUAGGUGCGCUGUGUGCCUUGGCUGGUGUGCUGACCAUUGCUAUGCCUGUACCUGUAAUUGUCAACAACUUCGGCAUGUACUACUCUCUGGCCAUGGCCAAACAAAAGCUGCCCAAAAAGAAGAACAAACAUAUCCCCCGAGCACCCCAACCAGGGUCCCCCAACUACUGCAAGCCAGAUGCCCUGGCUAUGGCUACCGCAUCACCGCAAAGGAUCUUGGGAAAUGUCCUAGGUGGAGUGAUGGGGUCAGGAGGCAUAGGGGGUGACUGUCCUCUUGCCCAAGAAGAAAUUAUAGAGAUUAACAGAGAUUCCAAGCAGAACGGUGAUGCAGCCUCAGCCGCCCUGGCUAACGAGGACUGCCCCACCAUUGACCAGGUGCUGAGCCCAGACGAGAGGAGCCCUAUUGGGCGAGGGCCUACCCGGGAACGCUACCAGCAGGACCGCGCCUGCUUCCUGCUCAACACCAGAGAAUUCCGUGCCACAGAUGGGAAUGUGCGGAAAGGUUGUGUCAUAUCACGCGUGUCAACAGGCUAUGAGAAAUCUCGCAGUCUUAAUAACAUAUCGGGAAUGGCUGGGUCAUCACUGCGGCUUGCUCCUAUCACUAGCCCACCCUUUGAAACCUAUGAGGCCCCAGGACCACUGCGCCGCUGUCGCUCCCCCAUCCCCUCCAUUUUGUAGCAGAAAGGGUGUUCAUGAUUGGAUGAUAAGAGAUGUGGAUUAGCUAUGGACUGAUCGCACUGAAGCCUCCAUUUGGAUUGUACACCGUGCAAAAACAAUAGCAAUAACAUAAAAUGAACUUGAAUGUAGAAAGAAUGACCUCUUGUCUUGUGAAUCUAAUGGUUUAUGAUGCAUGCAUCAGGUUAGCUGAUGGGGUCAAAUACACAUUUUAGCUUUAAAGAUACACUGUUAUUUAAAAUUAUUAGAAUAAAUGUAAAAAAAAAGGAUUGGUUAGUAAAUUAAAAAAUUGUAUCAGAGCUUAAAAAACAUUAUGAAAACAUGUGCACAGUUACAUUUUAAAACUUAAGAAUUAAGUGUAUAGAUGGACAUCAAUUUUUAAGUGUUCUGGACCAAACAAAACUGAGCUCGCAACACUGUCCAGAGAAAUGACCAUGAAACAAGAUACUUCAGUUCAUUUAGCCAAAGACAAAAAUACAUUUAUAGAUUAUAUUGACGUUGAAUAGGUUUCUACUUUCUGUCUUUUGUGAAUAUUGAUGUAUGUACAGUGCAGACAUAAUUUUGGUAAUUCUCUCUAAAAAACAGACUUGGCUUCUAUAAGUCUCAGUGUUAACACUUAAUUUUGUAUCUUAUCAUUGUGACAUCAUUGGACACUUUAUGUUGAUAGUUUUCACAGCAAAGCUAAGUGAUGUAAAAAGUUGAAAAAUCAAAAACUAGAAACAAAAACCUUAGCUUAAGAUGAAAAAAUACAAACAUUGUACCAUAAGAGCUAUCUCAAUCUAACAUUUGAAAAUUGUAGUUUUAUUACAUUGCUGUUAGGAUCCCAUAUAUGCAAUUAUUACCUUACAGUGUACAGUUAAAGGUCUAUUCAGUCACUUUCUUUGGCAGUUGCAAGCAUGUUGUCUAAUAAAUUUCUAGAUAUUUAUCAUUCUCAUCUUACAUGCAAUUAUAACAAUCAUAUUUCGAAAUAAAAAUAUUUGUUUCAUUAUAUGCCUCAAAAAAAUGUAUAAAUACACGAGGGGGUUGGGGGUGUGUGCAGGAUGAGGUUAGUUGGAGUCGCUUCCAUGCUUGCUUUCGUUUUCUGACAAGAUAGCUUGCUAAUGUGCAAUGCUGGUUGUUAGCAACACCGAAUGACCUAAUGUCAUAAUAUUGGAGCUUCACACUAGCACAUAGACCAUAUCAACCCAGUUGAUUCUGUACUCAGAUGGGCAGUAAAGUACCAGAUUUAGCGACUUUUCUUGGUUGUUAACAUUGUUAGGGCAGCCGAAGACCUUGUGAGUAGAGCUGCCUGGCUAGCUACUUGCUAACUGUGUUUUGUUUCCCAAAGGAGCACAAUUUAGCAUUCACGUCUUCGGGUUAAUAAUUUCUAUUUGAUGAUAGUAAAUGACUGAGUGGACCUUUGAAGAAAUGCUAAUCAGGACAGUUAUGUAAAUGAAAUAUGUACUUGUAGGUCUACAAUUUUUUAAAGAAAUCUUAAUGCAAUGUAUUUAGAAAGCUACUUAAAAAUGCCAACAAUAAUCUUAGUACAAGAAAUGUACCUAUAAAGUCAGAUAUGGAUGAAUGCAAAAUUAAUUAUAUAGUUAAAACAAAUACAAGCACUUUACUAACAGUCAGUAUUAAUUUACUAACCUUUAAAGCUGCCAUGUUGACAUGUAAGACUACCCCAUAAAACACGUCUCUAACAAUUUUCUAAAUAUCUGUUUAGCUUCUUCUUCACUUUUGAUGUUUCUUAUAUAUUUUUCCAUUAUUGUUUUGUUUUUGGUUUAAAUGUUUGUCUAAAACACUUUGAAAAAAUACAAAUUAAAACGUCUAAAUGCAAUCUGUUGCAAUAUGACACUGGUUUCAAUAUACCAUUUCCCUCAAUAAUUAAAAAUCAUUUUGUUUAGCUUUAAUUUAUUUUUGUAACUGAGGACCUUCUUCAAGAUAGCCAUCCUCACAUGAAAAUAGAUCUUAUGUUAAAUGUUAAGCAAAAAAGAUUUUAAAAAUGACACAUUCACAUAUGCAAUAAACAUGCAAUAUUAUUUUAAUGCUGGAAAACAUGCUGUGCACAUACAUAUAUAAAUAUGCAGAUCUAUUUUUAAUCUUAAAAAUGCACAGACUUUGUUAGGCAGUCUAUCUUUUAUUUAGCUGUUCCAGAAGUAUUACGAUGACAUGAGCCAUUUUUCUUGUUUUAUUUCAAGUCAAUGUGGUCUUACUGGUCCUUUAUACUUUGCUGUUCUGGCUGCCAUUUUUAAUUGUUUGAGUUUUGUAAUAGUUUUAUUUUUUUCACUUGUACUGGUAAUAUAUAUUUCAUUGUAAGGAAUCACGUUUCUGUACCACUGAUUGUCUAAAAUAACAUUUGUCAAAAAAGAUACAGAUGUUGUAUUGAACUGUCCUUAAGUUCUUUAACAAACAGAAAUGAAGUAAGACUGAAAUCACCAGGAAAAACUGUAAGUGCUUUAGAACCAACAAUUUUUUCCAGGUGUAAAGGGAGUAUUUCCGUACUUGUUUAAAAAAUGUCAGGUCCUGAUAUUCUUACUGUCAUAAUCUAUGGUCCCGAUUGCCAUUUUGUCUAAAAAUCGAUGUGCUUCCAGACCCCUAAACUUUGAGAACUUAGAUAUGCAGUAUUAUGACUGAAGAUGAAAGCUAUGACAUCACUUGAAGGUUUGCUUGAAUCUGUUGUGGACUGGAAUUUGAGCGGUUUGUAAAAGUUGUCUCAUUUAGGAUAGAUCCUACCAUACGUUCACUGCAAGAAGUAAUGCUUGCCUGGCUUCAUCUGAUACGGGUUUUUGAAGGCCAUCGCACAUAUUUUCAGACCGAAGUGGCUAAUAGUCGUGCUAAUACUCGAUAUUGUUGCAUUUUACUGUUAUAAUGUCAAAAAAUGACAGUAACUUAGUGUUGUCUGAAAAUAUCUGAAACAUGCAUGCAGAACUUUGUUUCUCCAGUGAAUCCAAGCAUUUUUUGUCAGCAGCUCCUUAAUGUAUAAUGUCAACCUGAACUUAGGGAAGGUAGGGAAACUCUGGGAUAGUACAUUUUUAAAUUGAUUUAAAUUGCAGAAAAAUGUUUUGUGAACAUGUAAUGUGUAAAGUGUAAAAUGACACACAUUGAUUGGCCUGGGUUCAAUACUUAAAGCUAAUCUAAGUCCACAUCAGCAAACCUGAAUAUUGGUCUGUAAUUUUUGCGAGCAUCACUUCUCUCAGCGCACAAAACCUCUUUAAACCUUUUAAGUGCACAUGCAUACUGUAUAAUCGUAUGAUGACUCCACAAUGUGGAUGUUACAAUUUGCAGAUACUUUGAAUUAUACUGGUUUGCCACUUUAUUUGGAAUAUACAUUUUCUGUUACAGUGAAGGAAAAUGUCUGUCCAUCCUAUAUAUCUGCAGUGGAAUGUUUUUCUCUAAUGCUACAAUUGACUGACAAUGGGUGAGAGGAGUAACAUAUUCUCACACACCACCCCUUUAAUUUGAACAUUUAUAAUUAUAGAAGUACUCUAUUUGUUCAUAUUUGCUUUGUAUUGUAUCAACAUUGAUCUGAAGAAUGUCAUAACUGUGGUUCUGUUGAGUUUAAAGAGUCAUAUCACAUAGUUGUGGCCAAUGCAAAUCACCUAGGACACAAACAUCGUUUAGGUUAACAAAACAGGCAGAUGUUGUAAGUGCCUCUAUGAGGCCCCUGUAGGCUCUGAUGUCAAUUUAGGAGUUCAUGCAAACUAGCUAGAUUUAACUAGCUAAACCUUCGAAGCAAUGCUUAAUGGUCAGUGGUUAUUAUUGAAUAUGUACAUAUCUGUAUCUACACAUGUGAAUACAUUAAAGUCAUAUGAAAUUAAUAUAUCUAGGUAUACUUUGUGAGUGUGGGGCAGGAAGUUGAACUGAUUCUAACAGAGUUGAAUGAUUUAAUAUGUAUGUCAUCAGAAAGGUGUAUGGUUUUAUCCUUCAAAUGCUCAAUGCAGUGCCAACCUAACCUAACUACACCACUUAGUGACAGAGCCUGGCUUUCUGGUUACAUAUAUACAUACAUACAUAUUAAGUCUAUAUUUCAAAAACAAAGUAUGUUUGUUUAUUAUUUUACUGUACCAUUUCCACAUGAUCUGGUUAUUUUUAAAGUAUACUAUUAUUAAUUCAGCUGUAAAGACAAAGGAAACUUUUGAGUGCAUUUUUGGUUCCAUGUUGUUUUCUUGAACAAGAAGUGGUCCUACAUGGGGUAAAUGCACUGUAUUCUAUUGAAUAUAAAUGUACAUUAAAUGUAAAUAUUUCAGUGGUUGUUGCUAAUAUAUCCUGACAGGCUUGUAUGGUGCAUGUGCAGCUUUGAGAAAGAAAUGCUGAGACUUGCAGAGACUGUUUCAUUCUAUUUGGAUUUAGUUAGCAUAGGAAUACACACUGCUAUUGUUCUGUAAGUAGUAUUUUAAUUUGUGAGAAGAAGGGGAGAAAAUGCUUUUCGAUCAACUUUGAAUUGUUCACCAGUUAAACCUCCGCGUGUCUGUUACUUUGGUGCAUAAUAUGGUGUUGCAUUAAGAAGAACGUUUACCUAUCUUGUAAUGUCCACUAAAGUGUUAAUCAUCAUGGGAUGUAGCAAACUAAUGUUAUGCUGGGCACACUGAGGUCAAACAAUUAUGAAUCCUUUUGUAGCAAAAUGCAUUGAUCAAAGAAGUUUACCAAGAUGCUGGACUAUUCCUUUAAAUUGGCACCAGAUGUAUUAAUAAUGUACACACUAAAAGAAUGCAUGAGCCACCUUCUGCACAAAACCUGGCAUUUAUAUACAGCUUUGGUCUUUUAAGGACACCAUAAAGCUCAGAAGUGUCACAUAUAUAACAGUUACAGAUACGCUCGUUAACAUCCUUUAACAUCCAGACAGAAUCGGUAGUACACAUAUUUUUAGCUGUAUCAUAUUGUAAUGUGGGAAUAAGAACAAUGUACAUUCGAUCAUACCGUUGACCUACUAGUAUCAUCAAUCAAUAACCUGUUAUGAUUUAUAAUACCGGUGCAUGAUGUCAACACAAUGGCUGCUUUGGCUCUGUUUCAGGAUGCUACUGGUGUCAGAACAAAGACAGAAGAAGACAGAAAAGUCUGGUUUAUGUCCAAACAAAUAGUGGUGUGUUAGUAUACAAUAAUGGAUGUCUUUAGACUCUUGCAUGUACACAAUUUUGUGAACACUUAAGUGUUACACAGAAGAAGGCAUAUACAGGAAUUUAUAAAUCUGGCACUAAGACUCCAUUAAUGUAUUUCUGAUUUAGUGCAGACAUAUUUGGGAAAUUAUAACCAGGAGACGGUCCUGUUCCUCUUAAUAAGAUCCACAUGACGAGGCAUGGCAUUGCCUCUGCAUUUAAUACAACUAUAGAUUUACAUGAAAAUACUAAUAAAUACAGUUACAAAGUAUAUGCUUAAUGGGCUAGCAUUCAUGGUGGGUUAGAUUAAUAGGUGCUGACUCUUCCUCAUUUCAUAAGCCGCAGUUGCUUGUAGGAUAUAUGAGGGCCUUUACUCUCAGUUAACUAAAUCCCUAACCUUUACCAUACAACUGGUCUUUACAAAGUAUGAACUGUGUCUUGCUAACAGCUUUUCUCUGGAGAAAACUGCAACUAUAAAAGUGGAAAUUGACAGAGGAAGAGGGUGAAAGAAGAGCAGACGGGAAGAGCUAAUGCGGCUGCAAUAAAGGAUAAUGUUUGUAUUGGGUUGAUGUUUGCUGGUGAGACCACAGCAGAAGUGUUUAAUGUCCCAGUAAAUAAUGCAUGAUGCCAGCACAUGUGAUGCAAGAAGUGUUUGCCAUAACUGUAGGCAAAGGAUUAAAAAUGCUCAACCUACUGUUGUUGACAAACAUUUUCUUGAAUUUGCACCUGUGUUUGCAUGAUGCAAGCUUAUGUUGGGGGUUAAGCCUCCUGAAAUGGUGUCAGCUCAAUGUGUAAUUCCACUACUUGCUUCACAUAGUACAAUUCCUCUUUUAAAUGUGAAACCCAUGAAUAGCAUUGAGUAUGUCUGUAUGUGUCCAUCUGUCAAAAAAGUGUUUUUCCAUGAAGUGUACAUAUCAUUCAAAUGAAAAUGUUUGCACACAUGUAAAUAUGCACGUGCACACACACACACACACACACACACACACAUGUACACAUUAGUGAAUAACUGGUCAUCAUCUCCCUAUCACCUAAUCUUGUUUACUUUGAAAUGCUCUGUACAUAAUUCACUCGUGUAAAGAUUAUGGCUAUAUUUGUUGAGAUUUGGCAGAGUGGAGAGUAUGGUGCUGGUCAGUUGGCCGGCAGUUUGUUUCAUUCAGUCUAUUGUUUGUUUUUCUAAUAUUGUCAGCCACCAGUUUUAUUGUCACCAUUUCUUGAUUUUGUUAUUCAAGAAUAACUUGUGUGCCAACGUUCUGUCUGUAUGCUGGAGAUAGACUGCAUUUGUAGCUGUACUAGAGUUGUCAUCACAGUUUAAAUUUGUGCACUUCAUUCUGACAUGCACAGUUAACCAGCAGUUUACAGGUAAUGGUAAUCUCUGAUUACUUCCCUAUUGUACAUAAUGUAAGUAACACUAUGAAACUGUGUUAUGAAAUUCUAUGCAAUUGGCAAAUUCCAAAUAAAAUAAAAUAAAAUCAUCAAUUUAUGACCAAGAUUGGUUUUUGGUUUAUAGAAGUGGAGCACUUCUAUAAACCAAUCCAGAUACAAGUGUUUACUGGUAAUGUUACAAGUUAAGUUUCAAUUUCACUGAACAUGAUUUCAUACAAAAUGUUUAUUCUCUGUGAACUUAAUAUUAAUGGCUUUCUGUUCUUGUCUUCACAGUGUUAAGUUUCUAGCAUUCGCCUUCUCUCUAAUGAGGAGUCAGUAAGCGGUAAACACAAAUUUGCGGCAGGAGCCACGUAAGCGACAGGUGUGACGCGGAUGGACAGUUUAAAGGAGAUCUUUGGGGUGACAAGAGAGAGACCAGAAGUUAAUCAUGAAUUAAAAAAUCAUAUGGUCUGCUCCUCACAUUGUUACCAAAGCAGCCUCUUGGAACUCUGACCACAUUUUUGACAACUGCCUGACUGACUUUUUUCCCCCCUUUUUUCGGCAAACUGACUGAGCAUUGCACUGACACACUUUGGGAGAGAAAUGGACUCCUGAUUACACAUUCCAGAUGACAUAUCUCUGACAACAUUAUACUUGCCAUCUUGUAUGAUGACCAACUCAGUACCAUCUACAGUGCUGAACAACUGAGCAACUUCACAAGUUUCCGAAAAACACUUGUCUUCACAAAGGACUGAAUGAACAAUGUAGCAUCUCUGCUAACAUAUUGUAGCAUUUGUUGGCUGGGAAAUAACUUGACUUCAAUCCAUCAACAGUUCGAAGAGAGAGGAAUUUAUGCAUUCAAGGGAUCUUUUAGAUGUCAUUUUCCUCUUGAGUUCCUUUCCAGUGAAGAAAAAAAAAAGAGAGUACAUGAGAGACAAAGGAUUGGUCUUACUCGUUAAAACACUUGACAUUCCAAAAAGAAAGUUGCACAUACAAAUAGUGCACAUGAAAUCAAUCACAAAUGCACAGUAUUUAACAACACGCAUACUAGUGUCCCUCAUUCAAGUUUAGCACUUCAAUAGCGUGUUUUCCACUGAACCUAUGUCUUCCAUUCACUUCUAUCAGACUGAAACACCCACUUCCCUCUUCACAAGUACUGAGAUAAUCAAAAACAGCAUAUGAAGUUGAACAAAUGAAGCACAUGUAGCAUCAGCUCAAACAAGUCAUGUGUAUAGCAUUUACUGUACAUUUAGACACACAUGAAAUAUUCACCAUAAGUAAAUGGUGGAAAAAGACUUAUCUUUAUCUCUCAUGUACUGACAUGGGCUUGCCCAAAAGUCCAUGUAGGAUACCAAAGGUCCUGUAGCAUGCACUUGCUGAAUGACCUUCUGUAGUGUACAGUAGAUUAGGAGAAAUAUUCCAUUUCGGAGGUUUGUACUCUCCCUCAUACUGGCCAUUGCAUUUGUUUGGUACAAAGUCAUUACUCUAAAGGAGCUUAAACUGCCACUAGCAUCCCAUCUCCAUAUGCACAUUUAAAUAUUAACAUGUCUGACUGACACGUUGAGGAACAAAAAGACUGACUCAUGGAGACAAAACAAAAGUCCUAGAGACAAUUGUCAGUCUUUCUUCAAUAUCAAGGGAUAUUGGCCUGCCUAAAUUACAACGAAAAUGACAUUCCUACCGGGACACUUUUUACGUCACAUAGAACUGUCCAUUAGCUGGAAAUAUCUGUGUUAUCAUUUUGAAAGGGACCAAUCAGAUAAAUGUUCCCACAAACACAAAGGCCGACACUGCCAAUUAGGCACAAGAAUCCCCAGACACAUACUGCCCCAUCUCUCUCUUGUCUCUCUUGUUGCCAACGACUGCUUCACAGGCAAGUCGAUGUCAGUAUAAGGAUGGCCCAUCAGGGGAGCCCUUAGGCAAAGGAGCAAAUGAGAAGAAAUGGACCAAGAGUAGAGCAAGUGUGGAAGUGUACAAAGAGAACAAAUCUAUAUUUUGAUAAACAAAUCUACUAUCCAUGGCUUCGGAGUAAGUUUCUGAGCAGAAAAGGUCCAGAAUGGAAGAAAGGAAAAAAAAUCUGAUGCAAAUGUUAAUAGAAAAUUUGGCAUCAUGAAAUGGAGUCAAAGUCCUGGAAAAAGAUGGGAAGUGAAUAUUUUGCCAUGGGGGGAGGGCGAAGUUGUUUUCCCCACAAGCACCGGGAAAAACCUUUUUGAAAGACAAUGAGCGAUGACAGACUCUUGCCUAUAAAGACAUGGGGAUGACAAAGGAUGGACGCUGAGAUAAACAAAUGAAAAAAAAAAGAUAAUGCAUUUUUGUAACUUUGUUUACCAGCAUGACUACUUUGCAUGACUGUCUUUUCUGCAAGCCCUUAGUUGAAGACAAGGGUGCUAGAGAUACAAAAAAGUAUAUAUAAAAUGAAUUAAAAAAAUGUUAUAUGCAAUUAAUGUUUUAAAAAAGAUUAUAAUGAAAGAGAAGAGCUAUAUUUUGUUUUGAAAAGUAAAAAAAAUGUGAAUAUUGAAACAUAUAUGUUUGCAAAGUACACCCUGAACUAUGUUUUGUUUGAUGAAAUCUCUCUGCUACUACUGCCCUACAUUACUCAUCCCAGUGUCUUCGACCACUGCCAUAGUUUUACUUUGUUAUGCAUCGAGCAGUAUAUUUUCUUACCAUUUAAUCAACAGCGAUCAUUCAAGACUUUGCCAAACUAGCAUUUGCGCAAAGGAUGUUUGUUGUUAAUCACAAAAAAAUGUUUUUCUCCUUGAAUCAUUUGCACAUCUACCGUAGCAGCAACAGCAACAGCAACAGCAGUUCUAAGACAACAGCUCUCCAUACCACAACUUUGACAGCUUGAUUAGUACUCAUAGUUUGCUUUUUUCCUUUGGCAAUAAUACAAGAGUUGUCACAUGAUUGUAGCAGGGCAAACGGAGAACCUCGAGAGUAUCUUCAACGCCUCAGUGUUAAAGAGAUUCGUAAAAGGCCUUGGAUUGUCCCGUGGCAGGAUUUUGGCAGUUCUAUUCCACUAGUCCUAAAUAGAAAAAUGGGAGUACAAGUGCAGGUUAUCCAAUAAAGACCAAUAACAGACUAUGAAAGAUACUAUAUUGGUGAACAAUCAAGAGAGAUUUCAGGUUUGCAUGGAACCAACUGCCAUUCCAAAGUUUGUGUGUGGUUUAAAGGACUCAGGUGUGUUGAUGGUGUGUGUGGAUGUAGGUGUUUUGCUAUUUUCUUUCUAACAUAAUAAAUUCUAGUAUAUAGACAACGAUAAUGUGAACACCUCACAGUGAUGUGUAAAAAACGCAUGCAUUAUGACUUGAUAAUCUCUCGAGGGGGGGAACAGAGUCUUGACAUAUCCCCUUAGCCUCCUGUCAUUGUUUGUCAUGAAGUCCUGGUAACUAUGAUCACUGUGCCAUGUCGUAGAGCAGAAACGUCUUCCUCCGAGAGGCAACUGAAAACUACUCACACUCACAGUGUCAGCAUGAGUGUGUAUAGGUAGCUCGUCUUCAUUUUUAGAUGGUCAGGUCUUUGCAUUCGUCAUUACCCGUGGAGUUAUCGUCAUCCAGCUGGCUAGUUGACAGCUCAUUACAGCACACAACAAAGUCAUGUGAACACCAAUCAAAGAGACCCAGAGCUUCCAAAAUGAUGUCAGUGAAGUUCUUUUGAGUGUUGUGAAAAAGAGAGGAGAGAUACCAGUGCCCACUGAGGGGAGAUUGAUGUAAAAUAAAUAGUCUUGCUAAAAAAGCAUCUCAUUGUUGAGUGCUCUCCAAGCACCUCAACCUUGGUUUGGUAUUCCAAGUGAGUUUCAGGCCCUGCUGGUCCAGGGUUCAGCUCAGGCAGCUGAAUGGUCCUCUUUCCAUUCCUAGUACAUUGCAGUCGGAGGCUCACCAGAACAUGAGACUCAAUGGUGUGAUGUAGACUACUAGAACUUCAGUCUAUUUGCAAAAAUGGUCCAUGGGAUUUUGUUUUGGUCCCUUAUCUUUUUAAAACUCCCAAUUUCAGUUCCCAUUUUGGAAGGUAUUAAGCAACUAUGGCUUUGAUGGUCACAAAGAUGUUUAUGAAUAUUUCAGAGGUAAACUUCUAGUAAUGGUGUGCACACUUGCAAACACUUUGUGCUUCACCCAGCUGUUUCUGUUUUUUAUCGUGGCCAAGUAGUCUUUUUCUUUCCUUAUUUUUCACUGUUAAGUUUGCCAUUUCUUCAUUUUUUUACAUUGGGACUGCUCUGCCAAUAUCAGGCUGACCAAAAGAUGUCUUUCCUUUUCUAUUGCAUAAUACUGCCAUUUGAUUUAGUCAUGUUGAAUAGAAUGAGUUACAAUGUUGGGAGUGCUAAGUCUGUUUUAUUUUCUCAAGUUUGCAAUCUGUUAUAAAAUGUUGGAGAUUUCCUGUGUAACACUCACAUAACCAAAAGAACAAAAAUGCUUUACAUGGUAAGUAGGUGCCACUAUUAAACUAACGGCUACUAUGUGUUGUGACAAUAUUAUGACAUGUCCUCUCCAGGUGUUUGGAAGGUGUUAUGUGGUCCUUGGAGGACACAUCCUCUAUGAUAUCCUAUUAUUUUUUUUUAUGUGUCUGUUUCUGUUGAAUAUGUUUUUUUUAUUGUUUUGUUUUUUUAAUUGAGGACACUGUAUGCAAUCUGCACCACGAAUGCCACUGAUCGACACUUACUGUACGCUCCCUGAGACACAGAUGUUCUGUCAUCAGUUCAGAUGAUUGCAACCACAUGUGUAGUGGCUUUAUGGUUUUCCAUAGAGUGACAUAGCAAUCACACUAAUCUAAAAAUAUUUUAUUUUACAAAGUGAUAAGACCAGAGUUGUUUUAGAGGAAUUGUUAUCGUACUGAAUAGAUUUUCUAAUAUAUUUAAAAUCUUAUUUUAAUCAGAAAUAAUGUGACUAACACCACUCAUACCAAUAUACAUACAGAUAAUAUUACAGUACAGACUAACAUCAUGUAUUCACAUAAGCAUUCCAAAGAUAAAAGAUGUAUGUUCAUUUCACAUGCCAUCAAAUUGUAUAAAACAGACUUAGGUACUAGUCCAUUGUACUGCGGUCUUAGUAGGAGAGUGAAUGGGGAGUGGAGGUGGUCACUGGAGUAUCUGGUUGUGACUUAUGCCGGAUUUUAUUUUUGAAAUGUUGGAACACAAAGAACAACUCAUCAAGAACUGUAUAAAGUAUAUUUCAAUGGAAUGUUCAUGAUCUAUCUUUUUAUAUUUUGAAGAAAAAAUAGAAACAUAUCAAUAAAGUGUCAUAAUUGAACAUAUUUCUACUAUUGAGACUUAAAAUGUAUGAAUGUCAAUGCGAUCUAAUGUGAACCAAUCUCCAUAGCAGCUUGAAUGAAUAACUGAUUAACAGUCAUGAGAUGCUUUUUCAGAGACAUUAAAAUUGCUUCAAAUCACUGAAAUGAACUUAAAAUAAAUGAAAAAGUGACAUCAA